AUGGCCUCGCAGACCUACGAAGAUAUGGUAGUCGAGUCCUAUAAUGCACCCUCGCUGUAUAACAUAGCCGCUGGAUUAUCAUCCUGGAUACUGUUAGCCAGCUUUAUUAUAUUCCCCGGAACAUUUACGUCCCUUGGAAAACUUAAAGAUACAGAGGCUGGAGAGGCAGUCUACAAUGUUGUCCAGCAUAUCCCUCUUCUUUUGUUCUCGGUACUUUGUUGUUUUGCGAGCAUAAUCGGGACUACCUUCCUCUGGCUAAAAUUUCGCCAUAAUCAUGUGUGGCUUCUAAGUAAUUUAAUCGGUCCUGGUCUUCUGAAUUCGAUUAGUGGAUUGCUUACGGUGCUUGUCGGGGUUUACGCCUCUCAUAAUGGGGAGUGGUCAGUAACGGCGAAGGCCACGAUUACUAUAGUCUCUUUAUUUCUUUUUUCCAUGUCAAUUGCAUUUGUAACUUAUCGCUUUUGGCUGCUAGAACGAGUAAGAGUUGACUUACAUAAUUAA